GGCGAGCCCGGGCGCUAGCAGUUCAGCCGCUACGUCCGGCACGAGAACCAACCGGCCGACGCUGGUACUGAUGCUGGCGGCCCGCUGCGACCCUGGCCUGGGUCAGUGAGGAGCCCUCGAUCCCGAUCGGCCGCUGCGGCUUUUCUCACACGCUGCGCUAGUUUGGAACCGGCCGGUGUGCGAGUCGAGGCCCAGGCUGGGUGCGAGCUUCUACAGAGCCACGAGGAUUAAAGGACAGAAAAGGUGUUUUUUAAAAAAUGCUUUGGUUUAUGAGGCACAGUCAGGACUAGAUGAGACCCUGUCAGUUGUUACAUAGGACCAUUAAAACUUGAACGUUGUCCCCAGGACGUUCACGUUAAUACCUUUAACAUCGAUUAAACUGCUUGGUAAAUCAAUUGUAAUGAGUGUGCUUGGGGAACCAGUCAGUCUCGAAUGACACAAAAAGUGGACUGGCACUUGAUCUCAAAAGAGACUCUCCUGACAUAUCGCUGUCCAGUUGAUUUCAUUACUAAAUAGUUGGUACUAGCGACUAAUUAAAAGCAACAUUCGUCGCUCCUCAAAAUGAAAAAAGUUAAGAAGUCUUUGUUCCUUUGCUGCAUAUCAGAGCAAUUUCUCUGCAUACAGAACUGGAGUAAUGUUUACAAACAGCCAGCAAAUUGAAGACUGCAGUGGCCUCACCUCUGUUCUGUAGUAGCACUAAUUGGACUGCAAGUACAAGUUUGGGGUAACCCAAGUCUGUCCCUGGAGCCAUGAAAGCUCUGUUGGUGUUUGACUUUGACAAUACGAUCAUAGACGACAACAGUGACACCUGGAUUGUACAGUGUGCUCCGGACAAAAAGCUUCCCAUUGAGCUACAAGAUUCUUAUCAAAAGGGGCUUUGGACAGAAUUUAUGGGCAGAGUCUUUAAAUAUUUGAGAGAUGAGGGGGUAAAAGAAGAUGAACUGAAGAGGGCAGUGACGUCACUGCCCUUCACCUCAGGGAUGAUAGAACUUCUCAGCUUUCUGAGGAUGAAUAAGGACAGAUUUGACUGCAUCAUCAUUUCAGAUUCAAAUUCCAUCUUCAUAGACUGGGUUUUAGAAGCUGCUGCUUUUCACGAUGUCUUUGAUGACGUGUUUACCAAUCCAGCAUCUUUUGAUAGCAAUGGUCGUCUCACAGUGAAGAAUUACCAUGCUCAUUCUUGCACUAGGUGCCCAAAGAAUCUUUGCAAAAAUACAGUUUUGGGAGAAUUUAUAGAUAAACAGUUACAAAAGGGCGUGAGAUAUACACGGAUUGUUUAUAUAGGUGAUGGUGGAAAUGAUGUCUGCCCAGUAACUUUUUUAAAGAAAAAUGAUGUUGCCAUGCCACGGGAAGGAUAUACUUUACAUAGAACUCUUGCCAAAAUGUCUCAAAAUCUUGAGCCUAUGGAAUCUUCUAUUGUAGUUUGGUCUUCAGGUGUUGAAAUAAUUUCUCAUUUACAAUUUCUAAUAAAGAUGUGAUGUACCAACAAUUGAAAGAUGUAUUAGUUGAAGUUGGACUCGGCAACAUAAAACUAAAUUCCCAAUAUUAGUACCUUUAAAAAUGUGAGAGGUUUUCCUCUUUAAAGAAUCUGGUGGUAUGUCAAGGUCACUUUGUUGCUCAGCCGACUUCAGCUUCUGCUUCUAACCCGUGGUUUGAAAUUGAUAUCUAAAGCUUAAGUCCUCACAACAGACAUUGUGACCAGCAAGAACCAGGGCAAUAGGAUUUUUACACUUUGUUCAAGAAUGUUUUCCCAUUGUACCAAACAGUUCUGUUUGAAUACCACUAGCCAAAACCUGGUCAGAGCCUUCCCUAACUGCAAAGACAGGAAAUGCAGCUUUCAUUCCAGGUGGUCAUGUGCCCAGGGAAAAGAGGAAAACAAAACACAUAAUUGAGGCAUGUGGAACUCAUAGUUUAUACUAAGGAUGGUUAAUAGAUUGUUUUGUUUAUUUCUGAAGAAAGUGGCUUUAUUUUACUCUUUAUGCAAUAGUUAACAAAUGUUGAAAAUAGCUCAUGCACUCUCUUUCCCCUGCUGUCAGCAAGUCAUACAGCCACUCAAGUGUGUUCAGGAUUCAGCUUCACCCACAACCUGCUAGGACUGAGGAAGGCAUUAUUGCUGAAGGUGUAAUGGAUACUUACUGCCUAACAGGAGCACUGAAGACUGCCUUCAUCCAAGAGGGCCCAGCAUGAGGAUCAGGCGUCGCUGCCAAAGCCUUAGGCAAGUGCAUGCUUGAACCCAAUUGUGAUGAGUGUCAAGUUGGUGGAGGAGCUCUGUGCUGAGCCUGAAGAUCAACCUAAUCAGGCAUCUGUGAAAACAAGAGAGAAAGCCCUAUAGACUUGGUUGUAGUGUGUUAAGGAUGCCAAUUGAAGACUACUUCAAACGCAAGAAAUAAAACUGGCUUUAUUUUCUCAACAACAACAAAAAGCCCGAUACUUUCUGCACAUGAGAAUAAAAAGCUCUUAAAUGUA